AUGGGUGUUCUCCAGAACUUGUCGGGUGCUCGGGUCACCAUGGAGCUUACCUUUGACUCCUACAGCCUCCUGCGGGCAGCGGUCAUUGGGGUUAUCUCUUUGCCAGUGAUAUUCAUCCUUGUUGACUACAUCCGAGUCCUUCGACUGCGUCGAAAGCUUCCUCCUGGACCAUUCCCCUGGCCGCUUGUUGGCAACUUCUACCAGAUUCCCAAAGUCAAGCCAUGGAUCGACUUCGAGAAAUGGUCGGAAUACUACAAGGACCCCAUGAUCACCAUCUGGCAGGGCCACAGACCGACCAUUAUGUGCAACGACAUCUGGACAAUAUCCGAUCUGCUGGACAAGCGAGCAAACAUUUACUCUUCUCGACCUCAUAUGAUCGCUAUGGGUGACAUGAUUAAUGCGACAGAGAGUAACCAGGUGUGCCUUGUUUAUGGAGACAAGUGGCGCCUUCAUCGUCGCCUCAUGCAUUCAGCAACGGGCUCACAAGCCAUCAGACCCUGGCGCACGAUUCAGGCCAACGAAUCCAAGCUUCUGGUCCGCGAUCUGCUGGACAAACCAGAUGACUUUGUCAUGAGCGUUGAGAGGUACUCGUGCUCGAUCGUCUCCAUCAUUGGCUGGGGUCGGCGGAUUGACAAGAUCAACGACUAUGUUGCUCAAAUGGCGCUCAAAGCCAUGGAGGGGGUCGACCUCAUUAUUCCAGGUCUUUUCAUUGUUGAAUCGAUACCCUUUCUGGCCAAACUGCCCAAAUGGCUUCAGUGGAUCUACCCCAUGCCGAGCCAGAUGAACACCAUGGCAAAACAUUUGCAAAGAUACUUUGUGGCACUGUCAAAAGAAGGCGCUCAAGCCCCUGAGGACAACUUCGCCAAACGUCUCUUCAGGGAGCAAGAACAAAGUAAUAUUGCCGACGAGGAGAUCUCGAGUCUCACGUCUAAUCUCAUCGGGGGGGGAGUCGACACCACCAGCGGAACUAUACUCUCCUUCAUCCUGGCAAUGUGCGUCUUUCCGGACAAGCUGAAGAAGGCUCAAGAAGAACUAGACCAAGUGGUUGGCCAGGAUCGAGUCCCGGACUGGAGUGACGAGGCGUCUCUGCCGUAUGUCAAAGCCGUCGUCAACGAGACACUGAGGUGGCGCACCGUUACCAUUCUCGGCGGGAUCCCACACGCGCCGAUUCAGGACGACGAAUAUCGGGGCUACUUGAUACCCAAAGGCACCCCUAUCACGGGCAAUGUGUGGGCCAUCCAUCGAAACCCAAGAGAGUUUCCUGAGCCUGACCAGUUCCGGCCCGAGCGCUACCUCGGUGGUCUUGAGCGGCCUUAUCCCAACAAGCAGGGCCACAAUGCUUUCGGAUGGGGUCGCCGCCAGUGCAGCGGGCAACCCCUGGCCGAGCAGGGACUGUUCUUGACGAUUGCGACGCUUCUCUGGGCCUUUGACUUUAAGCCCGGCCUGGACGAGAAUGGGAACGAAGUCAAAUUGGACAUCUUUGCAUAUACCAAGAGUGAGAACAUGCGCCCGGAACCCUUCAAGGCGCGCUUCAUCCCCCGCUCAAAGGCCAUUGAGGACAUCAUCCGUGCAGAGGCAGCAAGGGCAAGGAAGGAGCUUUCUGCCUAUGAUGGCGAAACCCAUUUGAGGUUGGAGAAUGUCCCUUAG